GUCAGCGUUUGUUGAACAUGAAUAGCCAAAUAUUUUCUAUCCGCAUCGACAAAAAACUUGCGAACGCUGCAAAAACCUUUGUGUGAUUUGUUCUUGGACGGUAGCCGCCACCUGUUUCCAUUAGAAAUUAUGUUAGUAUAGAUGUAGGGCGAUUAUUGUAAUUUUAAACAAAUUCUCCAAACACAGAAAAUGGUGACAAGUGACAGAUGUCAGAUCGUAGCACAACACAAAAUCACAGAACAUAGAAGGAAGGAAACACAAAACUGACAUACGUCAUACCACAGACGCCGCCCUUGAAAGAACGACAAUAACAAGAAUGGGUUCCUCGACCAGCAUGAACCUGGAGAGCGUUAAGAUGAUCUGCGCCCUUUGCGUGGUUUUCCUGAUCGUAGAAGAAAUCUCCAGCAUUCCUUACAAAAAGUAUGAUACAGUCUACGAGAAGAUAUCUCCAGUUGAUUUUGAGGAACGGCUUUAUAAGAAAUCUCCACCAAAAGGAGGCAAAUACCGGAAAGUUAAUUGCAGAGUGAACGUCUUUGCGCCGGUAUGUCGAGGCAUCGCAGCAAAAAGGAGCACCGGAGCAUCCUACACAAUUCCUGCAAGUCCCGAGGCUUUGUCCAUUCCGAUGUUUUACGCUUGGGAUACAACAGAGGAGCGCAGGUAAAAGACGAGUGAUAGCUUCGUCAUAUUUGUAGUACCUUUGAAGACAGUCAGCUGUAUGUUAUCAUAAGAGUAUAUCUGUGUUAAACAUUGGAAUAAAAUUGUUCGAAGUCA